UGUAAACAUGUCUCUCGGUAACAUUAACUACAAGUUAGAUUCGCUCUCCCUGGCUUCAACAAAAAAGAAAAUCAUCGUUGCGGUCGACUAUGGAACAACUUUCACAGGAGCGGCUUACGUGAACUCCUCCAGCGACGUCAAUAUCAUCAACAUAUGGCCAGGAACUGGAAGAGAUACCGACCACGUAUGGAAAACCCCCUCCUGCAUUGCUUAUCCGGACGAGAACAAAUCACUCGGGAAGCGGAAAUGGGGGUUUCAAGUUGAACCAGGGCAUAAGUGCUACUCGUGGACCAAAUUACUCCUCGACAAGAACGCUCCUUUAACGAAAUAUGAUGACCCGAUGUUGGAGAAAGCAACAAAAUCAGGCAUUAUGCAACUUCCGCCUGGGAAAGACGCUGUGGGCGUUGUUGCAGAUUUUCUGACCAGUGUAUAUGAGCACAUUAUGCACAUCCUUGAGAAAGGACUCGCCGAGGAAAUUUUGGGCAUGUCCGCCAUUGAGUUUUGGUUCACAAUGCCGGCGAUAUGGUCCGAUAAAGCCCAGGCUGCGACUAGAGAAGCGGCGAAAAGGGCUGGCUUUGGUCCCAGGCCUGAACGACCUUUGGACACAAUCUACAUGAUCACUGAGCCUGAGGCGGCAGCCAUUGCGGCGCUAACAAGAAGCACAACUGACAUAGUCAGUGUUCCGGUGAAGUCUGGGGAUGGAGUCCUGGUUUGCGAUUGUGGAGGAGGAACUGUUGAUAUCACCACAUAUCUGAUAAGUGAAACCAAACCGAGGUUGUCUUUUGAAGAACUUUGCACUGGAACCGGUGGGAAAUGCGGUUCGACCGCACUUGACCGAAACUUCUACAAGCUCAUGUCGGAACGAUUUGGUACCGCUUUUGAUGCGCUACCAGCAAAACGAAUAGGACCUGGAAGUGCUUUCAUGAGACGUUUCGAAGCUCUCAAGAGAAAUUUCGGUUUGGACACGGAAGAUACUACCUAUGAGCUUCCUCUCAACAUCAGAUCUUCACAGGUUGCCCCUGAAUAUUACGACGAGGAGGAGGGAUCGGUUAUUGUGUCUGACCAAGACCUUCGUGAUGUUUUUGACCCAGUCGUGGAUCAAAUCAUACGUUUGAUAAAAACACAGAUGCAAGAUGCAAACAAAGAAAUGGAAACUGGAACAAUUAACAGAAUCAUUCUGGUCGGUGGUUUUGGAGACUCUGAAUAUCUUCGACAAGCAGUAAAGAAAACAUUUGGCUCAGAAAAGAAACUGACUAUCACCAUACCAAACAAUCCACAGAGUGCCAUCGUUCACGGAGCUGCCCUUCGUGGUCUACACGGAAUUCAAUCUACGGCAAGAAGAUGCCGUCGACAUUACGGAUUUUCUUGGGGCAUAUACUUUCGCGAAGGUAUCGAUGACGAAAAGAAUUCGUAUUGGGAUGAAUACUACGAUGCGAAAAUGGUACGAGGCAUAACUAAAUGGAUGAUUAACAAGGGCCAAAAAUACCACCAAGACUAUUCUAAACUUGUAUCUAUCUCUCACACGCAUUGGCCUUCUAAUUCGCUAAAAAAAUCAACUGAGCUAUAUUCCUGCGACCUGGUUGAUGCUCCUGAACGAAUAGAGAAUCCUAGUGUCAAGUACAUCGGUACAAUAGAUGUUGAUUUCACUAAGGUGGAUCUCACUGGGUUUGACAGCAAGAUUAUAUCAGGAAGACGGGUAUAUAUGCUGUCAUACUCGCUCAAGGUAAUAUUUGGUGCCCAGGAGGGAAUUCUUAAGUUUAAGGCAAUUUCAAAGGGAAAAGUGGUGGGAAAAAGCGAAAUCAGCUUCGCAUCAGGAAGUUAUUAUUGACGGCUUUCCACAGAGCACUGAAGCUUAACAUAGAAACAUACACUUCAACUUAGAAUUGUUCCAUGAAAAACAUCUGUAUUGUUAUCUGGC